AUGAUUAAUAAUGUCUUUUACGUUAUCUUAGUGUUUUCAUUUUUUGUGUUCAUAAUUAAGUGUGAAUAUAUUACCAAUGAGAAGAAGGAAGUACUUUUCGAAACGGACCCCCCCCAGGGGGAUCUACACUACCAGAGGAAGAAUUCAAAUUUAGAAGGCAACUACUCCAAUGAUGUGAAGUCUGGAAGCGGCACCGCGGGGGGGAAUGCAGGCAUGCAGCUGCAGAUAGAUGUACUCAGAGGGGAGGAGCAGGCGGAGGAUCGGGUCGAGGAGCGAGAUGAGGCAGGUAUCGCCCUCUCUGUCCAAGGAUCCAUAAAGAGCAGCGUCGCCAAGGAGAGUGAACUGAAGGUAGAUGGUCACAUGGGCGUGGAAGAGUUCUCUGAUAGUAACAUCGCCAGUGGGAGCAUUGUCGUCCAAAAUGGAGAAUCGGCUCCAGGUAACAUCACCGUCAUGGAAGAAUCCACUGGGAAUAACACCUUCAAACGGAUUGAACCAAAGGGAGAUAGCGACGUUGGCUUGGAAGAGGCUGCCUCGAGUGAUGUGAUAAACGAAACUAAAUCGGAGUCUGACAACGUCCCCGUGGUGGUAGAACCAAUGGUUGUAGAAUCAAUGGCGAUAGAACCAAUGGCGAUAGAACCAAUGGCGGUAGAACCAAUGGUUGUAGAAUCAAUGGCGAUAGAACCAAUGGCGGUAGAACCAAUGGUUGUAGAAUCAAUGCCGGUAGAACCAAUGGCUGUAGAAUCAAUGCCGGUAGAACCAAUGGCGGUUGCACUUAUCUCUAAUGACACAGCCAAGGGGGGUGAAUUGAAGGCAAUCAGCCUCGUCGUGGUGGAGGAGGAAACUACAAAUAGUGACGUUGUCACUGCGAGGGACACCACCAAGGAGAGUGAACACAUUGCAGAUAGCAUCGCCUUCGUGGAGAACGUCCUUGUUAGUAACAAUGCAAAAAGAAAUGAACCCAAGACAGAUAUGGUCGACCUUUUGGAAAAGCCAACUGACAGUAACGAUGUUAAAGAGAGUGAACACAUUUCAGAUGGCACCGCCCUCAUGGGAGAGGUCGCUUUUACCAACGAGCUCAAAGUGAAGCAAUUGAAGGAAUAUGGCGUUGUCAGCGUGGAAGAAUCCAAAGCUGAUGACCUCGUUAAAGAGAUUGAACACAUUGCAUAUAGCAUAGUCGUCGUGGAAGAGGCAACUACUAAUAACAACGCCAAGGAAAGUGAACCAAAGAAAGAUAAUGUCGCCAUAGUGGAGGAGUCCAGUGUGAGCAUCCCCGUUAAGGAGGACGAAUCAAACCAAGAUGGCUUUGUCACCGUGGAAGAGGCAAUUACUAGUGACGCCGCCAAGGAAAGUGAACUUACAGCAGAUAAUAUCGCCAUAUUGGAGGAGUCCAGUGUGAGCAGCCCCGUUAAGGAGGACGAACCGAACCAAGAUGGUGUUGUCACCUUGAAGGAGGUCGAUCCUGCGAGAACCAUUCCAGAUGGUGAUUUCACCCAUGAGAGAAGCGCCGAAAGUGCCAGAAGGCACUUCCUGGUGGAGUUCCAAGAGAGAGUAAACCAAUACGAUGAAGCGAUAGACGAAAUUAUAUUAAGAAGUCUAAACAGAGAGAAUUACAAUUAUUUUAACAUGUUGGACGAGUAUGCAAUGAAAACAAAAAUGAGUGGAAGGAUGUACACAGGGAUGAGAUAUAUAAUAAAGGUGAUCAUCGAAACAACGGUAGUAAAUCCAUCCUACCAUGAGAAGAAGAAGUCAUUUAAUUACGAGAUUAAGGAGAGUACAUUUAAGCGUCAUUUCGUAACGUCUCUCUUCAGAUGGUACAAAAAUUUUAAGGUUGUAGAAUCCCAUUUCGACAAGGCAAAUUAUGUGUACUACUUGGGUGAUGAUAAUGAACGUGUGUACUCUUAUAGAUACACCUACAGACUCGUCUUAAAUUUGCUAAGUUCAGAAACAUUCUCAUUUUAUCUGGAUCUAAAUAAAUUUACCUUGCUGGACGUAUUGGAUAAUUACAAUAAGUAUAACUUUAAGCUAAACAAUAGCACGAGGUAUUAUCCGUUCCAUAUGUACAGCUGCAAAUCGUUUAGAGACUUUGUGGUGGACUAUUUCGAGUCUUAUAAUCACCGCUUCUUUGAGAAACAUAAGCAUUUGAUUGCAGAGGAGGUAUACAAUAAUGGAAUAAAAAAGAAUGGCAGUAAGUUGUUUACACUGCUGAAUAGGUUGAAUCCGAACUUUGUUUUGUAUUCCUUCAGGAAGGAACCCGCUUCGUCAACUUCUUCAGCUUCGUCAGUUUCGUCUACUUCGUCAGAUUCGUCUGAUUCGCCCCCCCCCCUGGUGGAAGAUUACCUGGACGACGAAAUUGACCUGAUUUUUUCCAUUUUUAAGGAUUUUUUGGUAAACCUGCUAAAUGACCUCUACAAUGCGUACUACAACGACGAGAUGAAGCGCGCCAACAGGGAGGCAUCCCACGUGGAGUUGAGUUCAGGUACCAGUGACCCCUCUGUGGAGAGGAAACCCGAGGGGGAGAAGACGCAAUGGAAAGAAAUGACACCUCUCAGUGACGCUUCUUCUGUCGAAUGGAGCAGUUCGCCCGGGGUUGGUGCAGGAGCUACCAGUGAAACCUUCGGCGCGGAGGACACCCUGGGAAAGGUCCAGGAAAGAGAGUUCAUCAGUGGGAAGCGUGACGACACCAUUGGAAAGCGUGACGACCCCAUUGGCAAGAAUGAUGACCCCAUUGGCAAGAAUGAUGACCCCAUUGGCAAGAAUGAUGACCCCAUUGGCAAGAAUGAUGACCCCAUUGGCAAGCAUGACCCCAUUGGCAAGCGUGACCACUCCAUUGGCCAACGGGACGACCCCAUGGGCAGCGAAAUGUGGAGAGACCUACUCGAGUCGUACAAGGACGCCCCGAAGGCAGAGGACCUUAAGAAAUACAACCAGUAUAUCUUGAAAAACCUGAACAAAAUUUUAAACCUCUCCGCGCAGAAGGGUAGGCAGCAAAUGGAGGAUUAUAAAGAUAAGUACGAACUGAAAGAUGGGUUCAUUGUGAACGUCGUUACGUCCAGACACACUCCUCUGCUGUUCAACCCGUCGAAGGAUAUAUACUUGUACCUGAACCAGAUAAGCAGUAAGAAGGAGGUGAAUUUUAAAAAUAUUUAUGAUAAUUUGAUGACCAUUAUUAAAUACAAGGAGGGGAGUAACUUUUAUGACAAUCUCCUGCAGAGCAGGAGGAUAGCGGGGGGGCUGUGGCGCGAGGUGGAUCCUUCUCCCCCCGGUGGGGAAGUGAACACAAGAGUCAAUCGAUCUGCCAAACGGGUAUUCGAGAGAGUGGUCGUCGAUGGUGACUUGUCCAUUGGGAUGAACUCAAACGAGUUGAAUGCGUUUUUGCUGUUUAUUGAGCGUGGUGAGGAGAUUAGCGGUGAAGGGGUUAGCAAUGGGACGGCCCCAACUCGAGGAGACGUGCACUCCUUUUACCGAAAUGUAAACCUGAGUGAAUUCACCCCAGCGGCGGUUACCACGAAGGACCAAAUCCACGAUCAGCUGAAAUUAUUAAAGAAGAAGUACACGGAGAAGCUAAAGAACGAGGCAACGUGCGUGCUGGCCUUCCUCUACCUAAUGGGAAUAAAUGACAACGGGGGGAAGUUGCAGCUACCGUAUGGGUUCCCCCGAAAUAUUGAUUACUCAGUUAAGCUCAUAAGAAAGGGAAAAGAUGGUCUAUGUAAUUUUCUAAGCGGCAUACUCUACCAUUUGAACCUCCCAAUAUUUGUGAAUAAUUCCUCCAUAUCGAUAACAACUGAGAUGAGUGAAGAGCUACUAGAUUCUAAUGACAACUCACUGAACAGCUUCUUCUAUAUAUACUAUAGAAAUAAUCGGAAAAUAAGGAAUCCCGAUUUUUUGUCUAAUGAAAACAGGAUCAUUCCUAACGCCGUGGAUAAUAUAAAGUCAAAAAUUGUGUCUUACUCCCUGGGUUCGACGAAGGAUGAUUUUUACAGUAAGCUUGCCUUCACCAAUAAUAUGAUCCGACUUAAGUACAAGAACAAGGAUAGCAACAUUUACUUGAGGGACUAUUUUGACUUUACCUUUGAUAAGAAGAUUUACAAAAAUUCCGUAAUCAAGAAUAACAUUUCUCCGUUUCUUAGUUCCUGUGAUUAUUUGCUAAGCAACAUCCUGGGGGCAGUAGUCGAUUCGUUGAAGAAUAGCUCCGCGAUUGAAAGUGGGGUGUAUGAAGAGAACAUCAGUGAGAAGCAUAGACAUUUGAUUCAUAACACGGUGGAGCAUAAUAAGAGUUUAUUUGAGUAUUUUCUUAAGCUAGCCGAUAGUAGAAAUUCGUACGCUCUUGCAGCCCUGGGGGAGAUUUACUACCUAGGGAAUGAAAGCUUAGGCAUUGAACGGGAUGAAAUGAAAGCCUUUGAGUUUUGGAAGAAGGCGGCGGACCAGGGAGAUAGCACUUCUGCUUUGUCCACUGGGUAUUCCUACCUCGAUGAGUACAAGAAGCAUUUGCGCAAGGAGGAGAUUAUUAAAACGAUGAGUAAGGAGGACGUGCUGAAUAUGAUUAAGGAGGAGAAACGUAGUAGUGGCGCUGCUGGGGAAGGGGCCAAGAAGGACGGCGCCCGGAAGGAGCCUAGGAAGGAGAGCGGUGGGAGCUACUUCGCCUUCGCUUCGGGGGGGACAGCUGCGAGGAUGCACACUUCGGUGGGGCAGCCAUCCGGACAGCAGAACGGAAGGGGCUCUGCCCCGGAGGGGGAUUCUCCGGUUGGGAAUUCUCCGCUUGGCGCCCCUAAUUUUAUGGAAGCUUCCGACGUGGCUUCGAGUUUUCCCAGCGCCCUGUAUGGGGGCGGGUCUUCCGCUCCAUCUGCUGCAUCCGCUGCAUCUGCUUCAUCCACGCCAAUCGCAUCUCGCGGCUACGCGGCGAGCCAAGCAGGCAUACCUUUUGGGGGGGGCGAACCGAGUCAGGAUAGCGCAGAGAAUACGACUAAUGCGUGGAGCAGCCAAAGCGACGACAUUAUCGAGAAGUACAUGAAGGAGCUGAGCGAGGAGCGAAACAAAGCCCUCAAAAACGCGGAGCAGUACUUCCAAAAGGCCAUUCGAAAUAAUGAAGAGAGUAUAGAACACAUUUUGGCCAAGUAUAACAUAUACAAGUUCGGAUUGGGGACAAAAAAGAACCUGGAGCUAGCUGGACAGUAUUUAAAGAAAGCGGCAGAUAAGGGAGACAACAUUUCACAGAUGAUGUUGGGCCAUUACUACUCGGGGACGGACAUCGGGGUUAAGAUAAAAGACUAUGAUGAGAAGAACAAAAUAGAGAAUUUAAAAAAAUCCUAUAAGUACUAUAGCAUGUCAGCCAAGAAUGGAAAUAUAAUUUCGCUGUACAAUAAGAGCAUCUUAAUUCUCAAAGGGGUGAAUCCAAGUUUGAAGACCUUCAAUGAGAAGUGUGAGAAAACGUUGAAGACGUUUCACUUUAUUGGACUCUUUAAUGAGCGUUUAUAUGUGUUGACUAAACUGCUAAGAAGGAACUACGAUUUUAGGGAUUACACGGGGUCCCUUCUGGUAUCCGUUAUUCUUUCCGAGCUGGGCGAUCACCCCAACAAUGUGAAUGCGUCCAUGCUGUGGGAUUUGAAGCGGAAGACGAUGCAUACCUUCACCGAGAAGUAUAACCUGGUGGAGGGUCUUUUGGCGGACUACCUGCAGAAGGCCCUCAGGGAGGAGAGGGCCACUGGCGCGGCUAGUGGUGGUAAACGCGUAGCUAACCCACUGGACCGAAUAAUCCACCGACUGUACAAGAAAGAAAAAGGGGGAAAAUACUCCCUCAAGAUGAAAUCCAAACUCAUCGGGGACUCCAUUUUGAAAACUUGCACGAUGAUCACAUCGAAGAGGUUCGAAAGGAAGAGCGCCCUUUUCAAUAUGAAGUUUUGUCUGUAUUUGAGAGACGAGUUGCUGCACCGAAGGGGAGGGACGAACAAAGGUGAGAGAGGAAGCCGGGCCAAAAAAGACGAAAGAGGGAGCCCGGCCAACAACGGAGGGAGAAGCAAUCGGGCCAAAAAAGACGAGAGAAGCAGCCAGGCCAACAAAGACCAACGAGACAGCCCCACCAGGAACCCCCCGCGAAACGCGUACAACUACGAUGUGUACCAGCUGACCCAGGCUCACAAACAGAUCGAUCUCUUCGAAAGGUACCACCAGAUCGUAAAGAGUGAAAUGGAAAAGGGUGUCACUUCCCGAGAAAAGAUACAGAAAGCUGAGAAAAUUAAGGGGACCAUUAUGGAGCACUUCCGAACUAGUGAGUUCCUACACUGUUAUUAUAAGCCCAUUUCGUAUUAUCAAAUUAAGUUGGAAGAAGAGAAAAGGCAGAGUCUGAAAAGGAGCGCUCAAGAGGGAAGGAGCGGCCAAGAAGAAAGGAACAACCUUCUAGGGAGAAGUAGCAGCUACUCGGGGUACACCCCUUGGAAGUACAACAAGCAUCAAAUGACAGAUUUAUACGAAGCGGAGUUCUCUAGGUAUUCUCCCCUCCUAGAAGGUGAAGACAUGAAAGAAAUCUUUUAUUACCAAAACACUUAUUCUUCAAGCAUGUUUGAAGAAAUUCAGAGUUUCUCCAAAAAUUGCGACAUCUGCAAGCAGUACUAUGACAUAUAUUCAGCCUACUAUGGUUAUAAAAAAUCCACCAUCGAUCUGAUUAAGAAGUAUCGAGAAGGGGAUGAGUACACGAUAAAGAGUAAAAGAAAGGAGCUGCAAUUUUUGAUUAGGAACUCAGAUGAAGAAGACCAUGAGCCUUUGUACUACAAGGCAUUGUUUUUGGAAUCCAACAAAUUGGAGAGCUUGAAAAAUAUUUUACACAUUUAUUUGAAGCUAGCUACGGACAAUCACAACGCUUGCAACGUGAUUGGUGUUCUGGGCAUGUUUAAAAUUUUGUUUAAGAAGGUCUUCUUCGACGUCAGUUUCUUCUUCGGGCGGAAGAAGGCGCAGCUUAUUAGUGCGAUUCGCGGGGAAGGCGCCAUUAUUAGCGGCCUCGGUGGCAUUGGUGGGAUUAACUGGAGAAGCGGUGGGAGCACCAGCGCGAGCAGCGACGGAAGUAACGAACGUGGCGAACGUGGCGGUUCUGCCCCUGCGCCACCGGCCAACUCGCUCCAAAAGUACAUUUUUACCGACAUGAAUUCCUGCUCGCUGCAAAACAAUUUUCUCUUCAAGUCCGAGUUCCACAACAAGUGCUUAAAUUACGACCAUUUUCUGAGCAGCAACCACGCGUAUUCGCAGAUCAGCUACCGCGACUUUUUCAAGCUCUUCUACACCGUCGUGUCCUCCUUUUUUAAAGUGGCGUAG